CCAGGUGAGGGGUCUGCCGUGCACAAGGGGAGCUGGUCCCAGGCUCUCUGCCCUCCAGACUCCCUUUCCCGGGCCCUGUCGUGCUGCGUGGCUCAUCUGGGGCCCAAGGGUGUCCCCGAGUCUGUGGAACCCCUCUGCCCCACGUCGUGGGGGUCACGCAAGUGUGUGGGCUCCCGAGAGAGUGGACUAGAUAAAUGGGGCUGGAGCUACAGGGGUUCCGCAGGGUGUGCAGGCUUUGAGCCGCUCUUCACCCCGGGCCCUCUCCUUGGCGCUGUGCCCCUUCCUUGUCUAUGACCCCCGCCCCUCGUGUGGCCGGAACCCCAGGUUUGGGGUAUUCAGGGCCCAUUCCUGGCUCGGUGCUGGGAGAUCAAACCAGGUGCCAGCCUGUGCCCUGGUCCCCCGCGCUGUGUGCAGGCACAGUGGGGGUGCUUAGGUUCCAUCCGGGGGAAUUCCGGAGAGUGUCUCCAGGGUGUCUCUCUGCACUUCCGGAGCGGGUGAGAAACCUCCUUGUUUGGGAAGAUGCCAGGAAGGAAUGUCUGCGUCCCCUCCUGUGCCACCAGCGACAGCAGAAGGGGAGACUCUGGCCGGGCCAGCCUUGGCUUCUCCCCUCUGCCGUCAGAACCCGAGUGACUCCUGGCAUCUGCCGGGCCCACUAGCGCCCUGCCAUGUCCGACCCCAUCACCCUGAACGUGGGGGGGAAGCUGUACACCACCUCCCUGGCCACCCUCACCAGCUUCCCCGACUCCAUGCUGGGCGCCAUGUUCAGCGGGAAGAUGCCCACCAAGCGCGACAGCCAGGGCCACUGCUUCAUCGACCGGGACGGCAAAGUGUUCCGCCACAUCCUCAACUUCCUGCGUACCUCGCACCUGGACCUGCCCGAGGACUUCCAGGAGAUGGGGCUGCUGCGGCGCGAGGCUGACUUCUACCAGGUGCAGCCCCUGAUCGCCGCCCUGCAGGAGAAGGCGGUGGAGCUGUCCAAGGCGGAGAAGAACGCCAUGCUCAACAUCAUGCUGAACCAGCGCGUGCAGACCGUGCACUUCACGGUGCGCGAGGCCCCGCAGAUCUACAGCCUGUCCUCCUCCAGCAUGGAGGUCUUCAACGCCAACAUCUUCAGCACCUCCUGCCUCUUCCUCAAGCUCCUGGGCUCCAGGCUCUUCUACUGCUGCAACGGCAACCUCUCCUCCAUCGCCAGCCAGCUGCACGACCCCAACCACCUGACGCUGGACUGGGUGGCCCACGUGGAGGGGCUCCCCGAGGAGGAGUACACCAAGCAGAACCUCAAGCGGCUCUGGGUGGUGCCGGCCAACAAGCAGAUCAACAGCUUCCAGGUGUUCAUGGAGGAGGUGCUGAAGAUCGCGCUGAGCGACGGCUUCUGCCUCGACUCGUCCUACCCGCAUGCGCUGGACUUCAUGAACAAUAAGAUCAUCCGCUUGAUCCGCUACCGGUAGGCGGGCCCCGGGCCGCCUUCCGGACCGGAGAUGGAGUUGGGACGAGCCGGGGCAGAGGCGGCUGGGGGACCGCAGGGAUCCUGCCAGGGGGCUCUGCCUCUCCCCCCGGAGCCCAGCUCACUCUCCGUGAGCCCGCAGGAGAGGCCUGGGGUGAGGACUGGAAGCUUCCCCCAAGCCCGGACCUGCCCUGCCCUGGGCUGGCUGUGAGGCCCCUUUCCUCCCGGCCAGGGGCAGCCUGGAGCCAGGCCCGGGGCUCGGACAGAGGGGUGCCCCCGCCUUGCCAUUUGGGCGGUUUCUGCAAAGACUUGAUCAGCGAGGCCCAGCACAGAAACGUCCCUGGGCACCCACGUCGGGUCAUUCUGUGCCCGGGAACGUGGUGGUUUCCCACCAAUAGAUUUGGAACUCUCAGGGUUGAAAUAGUCAGACAGUCGUCACGUGGCCUUCUGUCACCCCUGCACAGCCCUGCGCAUCCGGGGCCAGCCCAGGCCCCGCCCCCCUCCCGCUGCACUCGCCUCUGGCAGCCGGAAGCAGGUUGUUUUCCAGGCCGACACUGGCUGCUGGAAAGUUCUUUCUGGGCCAGACAGCACAGGGAGAGGCGCUUGUCUUGUCCACGGCCGAGCUGGGUUUGAUCCCCAGCACCUCACAGGGUCCCCUGAGCCCUAUCGGGAGUGACCAGAGCCAGGAGUAAGACCUGAGCUCUGCCAGGUACGGCACCAGCCCUCCCCGCCUCUACACAGGGCAAAGAGGUUCUUAGCUGGGAGCCAGUCUCCGCUUCCCUCCUGUCUGGGACCCUUGGUCCCGGAAUUCCCCCCUCACCUGUUGGCGUCUUCAGCAGCACUGGCGCUAGAGCAGACGCUCCUUCUGAAGUGCUCUCACAUAGAGUCAGUCACCCCCUCUUCCCGCCCCGUCCUCGGUCCCCGGGGCUCUGCCUGGGCACCAUCUUCUGGCAGGGACUUGUGGGGGGGCACCAGGGACUCGGUGGGCAGCGAGGAGUCAGGGGUGGCGGAAGCACAAGCACUUCUCCCGGCAGCACUGUCCAGUCCUCGCCCACCUGCAGUCCGCCCAGGGUCAGCGCCAGGGCUCCAUUCCCACCUCCUGGGGCGAUGAGCCGUGCAGCACCCCAGACUGCGCGUGAUGAUUUGCCUCUGGGGUCGUCAGCUCGGGCAAAGCCGAGUGACACGGGCCCCGGGGGGAGCACCAAGGAAGGGUGUGCGGGCGCCUUGUGCUGGGGCCAACCCCUCCACGGGCACCCGGGGCCCCCGUCCCCAGCGAGCCCCGCAGGCACUGGGUGGCGACAGUGAGCGAGUGGAGGCCACUGCCGCCCUCACCUCCACCCUCGCCUCCUCUUCCCCUGCUUUGUUGCCGCUGCUUCAGCCCGGGACUUGAGUGUGGAGAGAGUGCGAGGGUCGUGGUGGAGCCUCUCUGCGCCCUGGGCCCCUGCCAGGCCCCAGCUGAGCCACCGCCUCUUCAUCUGUGAAAUGGGUCUAACCGUGACACAGAACUUACCUACCUCACAGGGCUGUUGUGGGCCCAGGCGCCAUCUGGCCGCGAGAAUACAGCAUCCAGGAUGGACA